CGGCCGCCCCGAGUCCCCGCGGGCUUUCGGGCGCGGGUCGGGCCCGCGCGGGCGGUGGCCAUGAACUUCUCCGAGACGUUCAAACUCUCCAACCUGCUCUGCAAGUUCUCCCCGGACGGCAAGUACCUGGCUUCCUGUGUGCAGUACCGGCUAGUCGUCCGGGAUGUGAGCUCCCUGCAGAUCCUGCAGCUGUACACGUGCCUGGACCAGAUCCAGCACGUGGAGUGGUCUGCGGACUCGCUCUUCAUCCUGUGCGCCAUGUACAAGCGGGGGAUUGUGCAGGUCUGGUCCCUGGAGCAGCCAGAGUGGCACUGCAAGAUCGACGAGGGCUCAGCGGGGCUGGUGGCUUCGUGCUGGAGCCCGGACGGCCGGCACAUCCUCAACACCACCGAGUUCCAUCUGCGGAUCACCGUCUGGUCCCUGUGCACGAAGUCCGUGUCUUACAUCAAGUACCCCAAAGCCUGCCAUCAGGGAAUCACCUUCACCAGGGACGGCCGCUACAUGGCCCUGGCGGAGAGGCGGGACUGCAAAGACUACGUGAGCGUCUUCGUGUGCAGCGACUGGCAGCUCCUGCGGCACUUCGAUACGGACACCCAGGACCUGGCGGGGAUCGAGUGGGCGCCCAACGGCUGCGUGCUGGCAGCGUGGGACACGUGCCUGGAGUACAAGGUCCUGCUGUACUCGCUGGACGGCCGGCUGCUGUCCGCCUACUGCGCCUACGAGUGGUCGCUGGGCAUCAAGUCUCUGGCCUGGAGCCCCAGCAGCCAGUUCCUGGCCGUCGGGAGCUACGAUGGAAAGGUGCGCGUCCUUAACCAUGUGACGUGGAAGGUGCUCACCGAGUUCGGGCACCCAGCGACCAUCAGUAACCCCAGGAUCGUUGUUUACAAGGAAGCCGAGAAGAGCCCACAGCUGGCGCUGGGCGCCCUGCCCUUCCCACCACCCUGGCCAGCGGCCCGGCCGCCCUCGAGCUCCGACAGCAAGUACGACGUCGUGGCCGUGCCCGUGGCCCUGCAGACGCUGAAGCCCGUGGCGGACCGGGCGAACCCCAGGGUCGGCGUGGGCAUGCUGGCCUUCAGCGCUGACAACUGCUUCCUGGCGACGCGGAACGACAACGUCCCCAAUGCCGUGUGGAUCUGGGACAUCCGGAAGCUGCGGCUCUUCGUGGUGUUGGAGCAGCUGGGCGCCGUGCGCGCCUUCCAGUGGGACCCGCAGCAGCCGCGGCUGGCCAUCUGCACGGGAGGCCGCAGGGUGUACCUGUGGUCCCCGGCCGGCUGCGUGUCGGUGCAGGUGCCCGGGGAAGGUGACUUCCCGGUGCUUUCUCUGUGCUGGCACUGCAGCGGGGACUCCCUGGCCCUGCUCAGCAAGGACCACUUCUGUCUCUGCUUCCUGGAGACCGAGGAGGGGUUUGGCGCAGCCCCCGGACGGCGGGGUGGCCGCACGUAGGCCGCGUGGGGCUGGAUGGCGGGGUGGCCGCACGUAGGCCGCGUGGGGCUGGACGGCGGGGUGGCCGCACGGAGGCCGCGUGGGGCUGGAAGGCGAGGUGGCAGCACGGAGGCCGCCAGGUGGGCACGGAGGCGGCCAGGGCGGUUCCCAGCCUGGGGAGGGGCGGAGCCUCUCCGCAGGGUUCCCCAGCCUGGACGCCGCAUUCCACAGUUUGGUUCUAUUUUUCUAUAGCAAAGCAUUUUUGUAAAUAUGUAGGUAUUCAAUG